UUCACCUCUCCCAAAGGACACGGACUCCGGUAGCCAAGGCACGGCGGCGGCGGCGCCCGACGGGAGAGUAGAGGAGACGACGCCGCCGAGGAGAAGAUGGGCGGGCUGGAGCAGGACCUGAGCCUGGGCAUCCUCAUCGACAUCGUCGACGAGCAGUGGAUGCGCGACACCCUCCCCGCCGACGAUAUCCCCGUGCCGCCGGCCAUGGCAGUGAAGACCGAGGACGCCGAGGAACCAGCGCCCGCAAAUCAGGAAAGCCAGCCACCACAAGGGGAUGUCUGGCGGGAUUUUGGCUUGGAGAAUAUAUAAUCGCGUAUGACCUACAAGUGUUUCAAGAGAUCUCAACGAACUAGGCUGAAAUUCAGGAGCUGCAUGGUGUACUCUGGCUUCUGCCCUCCAUAGAUAUUCUUGGAUCUGGUUGAUCAACUGGUGUAUUGUUUGGUCGAACUGUAGCUUGUCGAGACUGCAUGUAAAUGUUCAAGAUGUUGGUAGCGUGAUGUUAUUGAACAUCGUACUCUGUAGCCAGUUCUUAAUUCUGAAGUGAGAAUUUGAGCAAUUUGGUAAUGUAGAGAGUUCCUGCAAA